UUUGGAGGUACUAUUAUAAUUGUCCUGUUUAGAUCAAGAUGUCUGGUAAAGCAAAUACUUUCAAGAAAGCAUCUCAGCAGUUGAAAAGAAAUCCAAAAAGAAAAACUGAUGAUGAGGAAGCAAAGGUGUCAGAGAAAAAGGUUAGAAAUACAGUGAAAAGAAAUAAUCAUACAAAGCAUCUGUCUUCGGAAGUGACAGGACAAACAAAGCAUACUAAUAUAAAACAAGUAAAGAUAGCAUCCAUCAAGAGGAAAACCUGGCAACCUGUUUCAAAGAGUAGCAGAGAGCAUUUGGGAACUAUAAUGGAAUCAGUAAUAAUUACAGUUUUGAGUGACAUUAUUAAAGGAAAAGAAGAAAUACAGUAUCAUCUGAACUUCCUGAAGAAAAGAUUGCUACAAGUAUGUGAAACCCUGGAAGUCCCUCCCAAAAAGCUAAAAGAUUUAACUAACGUGUCAAGUCUACUGAAUAUGGAAAGGGCACAGGAAAAAGCUAAUAAAGAAGGUCUGGCAUUACUGCAGGAAGAACUAGAAAAAAUGGUAAAGAACACAGAGUUGAUGACUGAAAAUAUUCAGAAUCUAACGAGCAAAAUUCAGAUUCUGGAAAGUGAGGUAAAAGAAGAGGAGGAGAAGACAAAACAGGUGGCUGACAUGGACAGUAAUGGGGUACUCGCUCUUCCAAACCUUUCUCAAAAGAGUCUCAAAGCACCCAUCCUUCAGAAAGAAAUUUUGACAAUAAUUCCAAACCAGGAUGCUCUUCUAAAGGACUUGGAUAUUCUUCAUAAUUCGUCCCAGAUUAAGGAUAUGUCAGUAUUCAUUGAAGAAGCCUAUAAGAAACUAGAUGCCUCUUAAAAGAAGUUUUUUUUGUUUUUUAGAUUGCUCUAUAUUAGGGUUGAACCUUUAUGACUUUGUGUAACUGUUAGCCUAUGAUGAUAUUACAGAGUCUGAGGCUUCCACAGGAUUUAUCUUCUGAUAUGCACUUUAAAAUUAGUCUCUGUAGGAUCAUCAUUAGCAUCUAAUGUAGUUCAAAAAGCUUUGUAUUUUUUGCAGUUAUCAAAUCUAGGAAAUAAACAUUUAUACUGCUGUAUCUGCAAUUAUUUGUCUAAAAUCAUAAAAUAAGAAUAGCUAUGAUCUACUAGUUAUAGUGGCUGAAUAGAACUCAUUUAUUGAUUCAUAGAGGAAUUGUUAUAUGCAAAAUACUUGUGUAUAGUGCCUAGUGCUUAAAAACUUGUGUUUAUUAUCACAUAUUAUAUAGCCGAUGGCUUGCAUUUUCAGUCUGGUCAUCUGGAACUGGAAAAAUUCUUAAAUGUUUUCACUCUUUUACCUUAACUCCCUAGUCUUUUUGUGAAAAAGUUAGAUUUGCCAGGCAUCAACCUUUAAUUUCUUUGGUUGGCUAGUGAAUAGAUAUUGAAUAUUUCUACGGUCAUCAAAGCAUACUUUUACUUUGGACAGUUAUUAAUGGGGAACUUUAGUACACUUGUUCCCUUGAGACAAACCAACCAAACAUCUCUUCUUUCCACAUUGUGUUAAUAAGGUUAUAAAUGUGAAUAAAUCAUUGCUUAAUAUAUUAAAAAUCCUUUCUAACCAA